CUAUCACAUCAACAAACGUCUGUACGACCUCGAACCAACUUGUUUAUUACGCAUUCAUGAGAUAUAGGCAAGUUUAUAUAAAAGGUGGUCUCCUCUAUUUUGUGUGCUUCUACAAGUAAUUCGUAGCUGUCAAGAAUGACGACGGGCUUUGACAUGGAAAACAGUGUAAAGCAGCACGUAUUUGCAAAAGGGGGCGAUGCUCUGCAUACGUGGCAGUGCAUUAUACCGAUUAUAAGCUCACAUUCUAGCCAUAUAUAUAGAAUUUGAAGAAGACAUGGGUAGACAGAGUUCGGUACAAUGUUGACAUUCGGAUCCCGGUAAUCCUGAUUUCAUAGUGAGGGGUUAAAAUCAUAUUGUUUGCUAUCGAGGUACAGCAAAAUACACCAGAAACUAGCCUUCAACAAAGUAAAUGUCAUCAAAUUUAACCAGCCGAUUCUUGUCAAACCUUCGAUGCUAAUAACCGCAACAUUAGCUACAAAGCAGGCUAAUAAAACUGAAGGUCAAGGACGCUGACAUUAGUCACCGCUUUAUCUAAAAGCACAUAGGACCCAAUGCACAGAUACUUUAGGAUAGAUAGACUAUAAACUCCACUAACAACAUGAGGAUUUUCACGGUUGUAGCAGUAAUCCUUUCUGGAUCUAUCGAACUCGUUCGGCGCGCAGUUGCUCAGGACGCAGGUUCAAUAAGAGAUGCGCCAUCCGAGGGAGACCUUAAUGGCUCGAAUUUUACGUAUCCUUUUCCUCUGAAGACGUAUAAGUUUACGUCGCAACAUCAAGAGCUUGAAAUGGCAUUCAUGGAUCUUUCACCGACAGUUGAACCGAAUGGAAAGGUCGCUAUCUGCCUACACGGAAAGAAUUUCUGUGGACCUACUUGGGAGGCGACAGCUAGACAACUUUCGGCAGCAGGCUAUAGAGUUAUCUUGCCGGAUCAAGUUGGCUUUUGCAAAUCCUCCAAGCCGAAGUCGUAUCAAUAUACGCUACAACAGCUCUCAUAUAACACGAGAAACUUGCUACAUGCGUUAGGCGUUGAGAAUGUGACUGUGAUCGGCCACUCUCUGGGAGGCAUGACAUCCGUGCGCUUCGGCUUGAUGUUCCCUGAAAUUGUUGAGAAGCUUGUCCUGGUGAACCCCCUUGGAUUGGAGGAUUGGAAGGCCCUCGGUGUGCCGUAUGAAAGCAUCGACGACCUAUACGUCUCCGAGUCUGCAAGCAACUACACGUCUAUCCGAGCAUAUGAGCAAUCAACGUAUUAUGUAGGGAAGUGGGAAGACUCAUACGACGUAUGGGUGAAUAUGCUAGUCAAUAUCUACCAGGGGAGCCAAGCGUCUACAUUUGCUUUCGACCAAGCACUUGUUACUGAUAUGGCCUUGAGUGCGCCAGUGGUAUAUGAAUUCGGCUUGCUAAAGCCCCAGACUCUUUUGCUGAUAGGCGACAAAGAUAACACAGCACUGGGCAAGCAAUGGAGCCCACCGGAGGUGCAGGCUAAAUUAGGCCACUAUGAUGUGUUGGGGAAACAGGCUGCUGCUGCCAUACCAAAUGCAGACUUGAUAGAAUUCGCCGAUUUAGGACACGCGCCUCAAAUUCAAGAACCAGAUAGCUUUCAUGAGGCUUUGCUAGGGUGGUUAGGGGGAUGAUGACUUGAACCGCCCAUAAAAUGUAUAUAGAACUCUACACAUAAACACUGGAUUUCAAACGA